CGCUACCCUCGCCGCCCAGGUUCCGUUGCUGUCCCUCUGCCAAGGGUGCCAAGCCCUGGAGCUCUCCUCGCACCUCCCGCCUGAGACCAAGCGCCAGGUGCCGCCUGAAGCCACACUGCCCCUUUGGGAGCGAGCCUGAGGUCAAGCAAUCAAUGCCUCAGACUGAUAAGCAAAUAUGCAUCCCGCCCGAGCUGCCGGAAUUGCUGAAGCAGUUUACCAAAGCCGCCAUCCUGACCCAGCCCCAGGAUCUCAUCCAAUGGGCUGCCGAUUAUUUUGGGUCUAUGUCCCGUGGAGAGAUCCCUCCAGUGAGAGAGCGGUCUGAGCGAGUUGCUUUGUCCAACUGGGCGGAGCUCACACCUGAGCUGUUAAAGAUCCUGCAUUCUCGGGUUGGUGGCAGGCUGAUCAUCCAUGCCAAUGAACUGGCUCAGAUGUGGAAGGUGUUGAAUCUGCCAACAGAUCUGUUUAAUAGUGUGAUGAACGUGGGUCGCUUCACGGAGGAGAUCGAGUGGCUGAAGUUCUUAGCCCUUUCCUGCAGCUCUCUUGGAGUUACCAUUGCCAAAACUCUUAAGAUAGUAUGUGAAGUUUUGUCCAGUGACCAUGAUGGUGGACCUCCACGGAUCCCUUUCAGCACCUUCCAGUUUCUCUACACAUAUAUUGCUGAAGUGGAUGGAGAAAUCUCUGCAUCCCAUGUCAGCAGAAUGCUAAACUACAUUGAACAGGAAGUAAUUGGUCCUGAUGGUUUAAUCAAGGUGAAUGACUUUACCCAAAAUCCCAGGGUUCGGCUGGAAUAAAAACACAGUUUGGGCAAUUUUAAAGGAAGAUACAGAGAUGAUUGUACUUCGCAAUGGCUUAACCCCAUACACCAUCCAAAGUCAAUUUUCUUGUGCAACUGGUACACACAAAUAAACAAUUAGGCAAACGUAUGAAAUCAGAA